UACUCUCCUCUCUCACCAGCCACGAAGAAGACACAAUGUUGCAAUUAAGGACUUUAAUUUUCACAUCCAUUAUGCUCCCAUGGCUACUGUCUUUUGCAGCAAAAGAAGAAUACAUGGAAGUCAGAAAACCUAAGAAAGACAUUGUAAAAUUUCCAGACUAUGAUACCCCUCAAGAUCCAGACACUGACCCAGCAGUAGCUCCAAAAGCUGAUGAGCUGCCGACAUGUCUGCUGUGUGUUUGCCUGAGUGGAUCCGUUUACUGUGAGGAGGUGUCCCCUGAAAUGUCAGCCGUCCCAGCACUGCCAAAGGAAACGGCAUAUCUCUAUGCACGUUUCAACAAAAUCACAAAAAUAAGCAACAAAGACUUUGCAGACAUGGCCACAUUAAGAAGAAUUGACCUAACUGGGAAUCUCAUCACUGAGAUAGACGAUGGAGCUUUUUCAAAACUUCCCAACCUCGAGGAGCUCUUUCUUGCAGAAAACAGACUGACUAAACUUCCCACGUUGCCUACCACACUAGUAUCAUUUAAUGCUAAUUUGAACCAGCUUAACACCCAGGGUGUGAAGGCAAAUGCUUUUAAAAAACUCACAAGACUGGCAUAUCUUUACCUUGGAAACAAUGAACUGACAGCAGUGCCUCAACUCCCAGAGUCUCUUCACGUUGUGCAUCUGCAUAACAACAGAAUCAAGAAAAUAACAGAUGAGACCUUCUGCAAAGGUAACACGAGUUACUACAUCCGGGCCAACAUGGACGAGGUGAGACUGGAUGGGAACCCCAUCAUCCUGUCGAAGCACCCUAACAGUUUCAUCUGUCUGCACUCUCUCCCUACUGGACAAUACAAAUGA